GGCGAGUGACGCGGUGACGUCCCCCAGAGGGAACGUGCGACGGGGUCGAUUCGCUGAAGCGACCUAGUAGCGUUGACCUAAUUGUUAGGCAUUAUUAAAGUAAACGUUAGCAUGUUUCGGAGGAAACUAGCGGCUUUAGAGUAUCAUAACAGCGGCGUGUUUGACUGUAAAGAUGAGGUGGCAUUUAGGAAUUUAAUAGUGUGGCUUGAAGAUCAAAAGAUAAGGCAUUAUAAAAUUGAAGAGCGAGGCAAUCUUAGAAAUGUGCACAACAAUGAAUGGCCAAAGCACUUUGAAAAGUACCUAGCAGAUGUAAGCUGCCCAUUCAGAGCAAAUGAAAGACAGGAAAAUAUUGACUGGCUUCUGGGGCUGGCUGUAAGACUUGAAUAUUCUGAUAAUGUGGAUAAAUACAAGAAUUGUACAGCAGAUAGUGUAAGAAAUGAUGCCCCUAAAGGCACUGAUCCACUUAUCAAUUUGGAUGUUAACAACCCGGACUUUAAGGCUGGUGUGAUGGCAUUGGCUAAUCUCUUGCAAAUCCAACGCCAUGAUGACUACUUAGUAAUGUUGAAGGCAAUUCGUAUUUUGGUGCAAGAGAGAUUAAGCCCAGAAGCCAUUGCAAAAGCAAGCCGUACAAAGGAGGGUUUUACUGUAUCUUUAGAAAAGCACCUUCUUGGCUUUGAUACUGGAGAUGCCACUCUGAAUGAAGCUGCAAGAGUCCUUCGACUGCUGCAUAUUGAAGAACUACGAGACCUUCAAACCAGGAUUAAUGAAGCUAUUGUAGCUGUUCAGUCAAUAAUAGCAGAUCCCAAAACUGACCACAGGCUGGGAAAGGUUGGAAGAUGAUCAAAAGAUUAAAGUUUGACAUUCUGUACAGCUUUGCAAUUUUGAAACACUGUAGACACAAAUAGAGGGCAAAGAACUUUGAGUCUGGAUAACUUCACUAAAGUAAAAUAAAUAUUAAAAUAUCAGAAAUUAAAAGAUGACUUUAUUGUCAAGUUGGAACAAAGUACAAGAGUGUGCAUACAAUAAUUUUGUCUACUUUUAAUCACAUUUUAGAUGGUAUAUACACUUUACAAAAGGAAAUGGACAAAAGUAUAAAAUUAAACUGUUUAGAUUCUGUCAAUUAUUUUAUUCCUUUACAAGAAAAAUAAUUUGCAUGGAACAACAGUAAAUCUUAUACUCUAGCAUGAAACAAAUACAAAAUAAUACAGAUUUUUAAAGAACAGAUUUAUUUAAUCAAAUAUUUACUGGUGCAUAAAUCAUCUGAGAAUAUGUACUAAUCAACAUAAUAGCUCACAGUGAAUACUACAGCUAGAAUGGCUUAAUUUAUUUUUCAGUGAUAAACAGUAUAUUGAUCAUUUGAGAAUUGCUUUUUCCAUUAGAGAAUUUGUUUGAAUUUCAAAUGGAGGGAUAGCCUAAUGUUUCUAAAAAGAAAAUCAAUGCUGCUUGUGUAGAAGGAAUCAUUACUUUUCAAUCCUCUUGUCCACUUUCAUCUGGGUAGCUUUUCAAUUGCUUGUAGAGGCAUGGUAGCAGGCAUUAACCUGCCAUGUUUAUAUGCUGUAACAGUAUGAUUGUGGUGCUUCCAAGAAUUAUUCAAAGUUAGAAUAAUUUGAAGAAACAUAUUUUCUGAUUCUGUGAAAAAUCUGCCUAGUGCCAGGCUAUGAUUAAUAAGUUUAAAGCACAAUUCUUAUCUAAAAGGCUACAAUAGCUUGGGGAACAGACCUCCUUUAUUUUGCAGCAAUAUAAUUUUUAUAAAUCAGGUUAACUACUAAUAGCAUUUACAUUAACCUAACGAUACUGACUUUAGCUCAAUUCCAUAAAGUUCAAAAUGUAAAUUGAAGAGAUCAUAGAAUUUCCUGGAAAAAUCUUAAGAGGUAAGCAUAUUCUUCAAACUUCUUGAAUUUUAUAUGAAUAAUCAUUGUAGAUUUGCAAUAAUACUCAUUAAAAAUAAGUCCAAUCCCAUUUGCACCUAUGAGGUUAGCUGCUUUAACAAACUAUUUGGAUCCAAUCUUUCAAAUGUACCCCCUUCAUCUUAAUGAUAAAGAAAAAGUUAAUAUCAAGCUUCCUUCCAUGCUAUUUUGAUUUUAAUCCACAUCUCCUGCUCUUUCAACUAUGCAAUUGUCUGAAUUCCAGUACAAAAAUAUGUUCUAAGAGAUUGCUCUUCUGGGCUUCUCAUCACAUUAAUUUAAUUGUAAAAUCAUUGGAUAUAUUUAAUACAACUCCUUGAUAUCUCCUAGUAACAUAAAUACUGCAUAUUACUAAACCAUAAAAAUUUUUGAUCACCAAAAAUGAACUAUCUAACUGCCAGAAAAAAUAUUUGUUUCCCUUUAUUAAAUAACCUAAUUUUUUUAAAGCAACCAUAGUUGGAAAACCUCUCCAACUAUUGGGAACACUUUGUAAGGACUUGGUGUCAAGUGGAAAAGAAUUUUGAUAAGUUUUUUUCCAUUUUGAUCUUCCUUUGAAGGAAUUAUUAAACUAUUCAGGUUUCUCUUUGAACAUAUGCAAAAUUGUUGAUGUGCAUUUCACAAAAAUCCAGUUGCUGCUUUGUUUCAGAUUGCUGCCUAUUAGCACCCUUUCUAGUAAAUUUUAUCAAGUAUUGGUUAGGUAAGAAUAUGUACAAUAAUCUGCAACUUUUUUUGUGCUUUUUGUUAUCAAAAAUGCUGUAUUCAAAGAACUAAAAAUCUCUAAAUUUGACCAGGCCAAUAAUUAUUUGGCACCUGGCUAAUAAACUGAUAAUUAUUGUCCCCCUUAGAUGUCAAGAUUUAGAAAGAUGGUUAGACUUCAGGUGGUUAGCAUAAUACAGAAAUGCUAUAAUUGAAAAGAAAAAGAAUUUGUAACCUUAGAAAAAUAUUACUUCCCUUAAAGCCUCUACAGCUUAAAGUUACUGUGUUCUUAUAAUUUCAAAAUUAGAGGCCUCGUACGCUGGUAUUUAUACUAGGCAGUGAUUGUCUAAAAUUUAACAGUCAGUAUGGUAGUGGUUUUCUUUUAAGUAAUGAGGUAUGAAAAUUAACAAAACUAGUUAUUCUGUAAUACAUUUUAGUUCUCUUACUUAAUGGGGGUUGGGGGGUGGUGAGGGG